CUGUCCUUUCCGGACUCACAUCCAUGGGACGCCAACGCGCGCUGAAGGGCACUUCGUUUCUUUCUGGGAAGCGGAUUUCACCUUUAUCACGGUGCCGUUCCUUCCAAUCUCUGUGGUUGUGCGGCUUGAGGCAAUGAUUGGAGGGCGUAAGUGGAGCGAAACACGUGCAUAUACAGUACGCGUUUACGUGGGUGGUGUGUCAUGUGUGACCCUUACUCUGUGCCGAUGUGGGGUGACGGCGCAGAGUGAGGAUGUGUGUUGUGUGUGGGGUGAUAUCUGAGAGUGUCGGCGGUCGGUGCAUGCACACGCUCGUUUUUGCAUUGCCGGCCAUCUGUUCUGUCGAAUGAAUGGGGUGAACUGACUGUGGGUGGGCAAUUAUUCCACUGUGGGCAUCCGGUACCGUGUGAUGCUUUCAAGACACUCACUUGCGUAACACACAGCGCUUCACGGCUGCCCAGGAGCUACACACCCGGCAGCUGACGUCUUCGGUUACCCACAGCCCCACCCAGCGAGACUACGCUGUCGAGGGCCUUCGGUUGGCGGAAAAGGACAGCCUCGACAACAAGGAGGGGGAGGAGGAGGGGGAGGAGAACGGUGAGACGGGCAGCAAGGAAGAGGGUCGCACGACGGAUAGUUGGGUUGUGCAGUUGGCCGAGUUCAUGUCAUAAGAGACUACAUACCUGCCUGAGCUUUGGACGCGUAUGUGUUUUGUGAUGGUUGUGGGUGGGUGACGUGACCCACUGCCAUGGCACCCACACAUUCAAUGAG